UUGUUGUGGCGGCAUUUCGUUGUUAGCGAUUUUGUUUUGCUGAUUUAACUAAGUUUACGCUGGAAAAAAUUAUUAGCAAAUGAAGCGCCACAAUGCCGAACAGCGCAAAAAAGUCGGAGGCCACAAGGAGCACUAGCUCCACUCCACGAAGACCACGGAAGCGCCGUCGUGUGGACCGCCAGAGCCUGGACUCGCAGGUGGACGAGGAUGCCAGGGAGAUCGAUCGCCGGCUGCGGAAAGUGGCCAAGGAGAACUCCAUCAGCACCGAGGACAUGCAAAAGGUGGUCCGGAAGGUGGUGCGCAACGAUCACGUGCUGGCCUUGGUCACCCUGAAGGCGGAAGACGAGCUGGCGCGGGAAAAGAAGUUGGAGUCGGCAGAGCAGCAGAAACGGGGUGCCAUCAUCAUUACGGACACUCCAUCCGUGCCAAAACUCACCCGAGCCAAGGCCCGGGAGCUCAACUGCACACCCGGCAUCUCCCUGCCCCAGCUCAAUGAGACUCCCACCGACAAUGAGGGCAUAGAGGCUCUAAUACGGGAGGACUUGCACUCCGACGAGGAAGACGAGGAGUACACCUUCAAGGAGGAGGAUUUCUCCGAUGAUGAUCCCAGCACCACAGCCUCGGAUUUCGACUCCAAUCCGUGCACACCUCAAACUCCGCUCACUGCAAAUGAGGAAUCUCCUGUAAAGUUCUCCGAAGAUGGCUGCUUUAAGGUGCCUUUGGAUAAAAGUCUGCUCGACAAGGAGGACCUACGCAUUGCUACCAGAACCCGCUCCAAAUUCUGUCUGCAGCAGACUACCAUCGAGGAUUUGCAGUCCGAAUUUGUCCCGCCUGACGUGGAACCGGGGGAUGUGGUGGAGAACGAAAUGACUGCCACCGAUGCGGACUGGAUGCAGUUCCUAAAUGAUUUUACAAAGCCGCUGAACAACACAAUACUGGGUGACGAGGAUGAUCCCAUUAACGAUCCGGAAUACAUAGCCGCCGAUCAUUUGGAGUCGGAGUAUGAGAAUGCCGAGGAGCUGCGCGAUGUCAACAUAUCCAAAAAGGAGUUGACUGACCUGGUCUCUGAGCUAUUUGCUGGCCUCCUGCAAGAGGGUGUCUCUUUGGAGUCGAUUGAAUUGGAAACACCUCAAAAGUUCAUUGAAAGUGCCAAUCUUUCGAUGGUUCCCAUUGAUCAGAUUACCCGAAACAUCGAUUUUGAUGAUCAGGCUGUGAUUAAUGGCCACCAGCCGGAUCAUCAAGUAUUCGAAGCAACUGUAAUACCCGCAGAGAGCAAUAUGGGUAUGGUAAUGCCCGUUCCUGUGGCUGUGAUGCAGGAUAACAACAUGCAAAAUGGUCCUGAAGGAUCGCCCUGUAAAGUGGUUAACAUUUCAUCCAGUGCUUUGAGUGCUCCACCCGAACUUAUAGCUGUUCCUAUACCUGGACAACCCGAUUGCUUCCAACUCGCUAAAGUUGUUCACGAUAAUUCCACUUUGGUUAAUUAUCCGUUGACAGAAGAAUCUCUCCAGACUUUCUCUAACUUGGAACCAAUUCAACCGCCAAUUGUGCCAAAAAGCAACGAAGAUCGUUAUAAAAAACCAUUUGACACAAACUUCACAUGGGAAUACAUAUCGGUGAAGAAACAUAUAUACUCGGAGUAUGAAGAUCAGUUUGAGAACCUGCGAAACAUGCAGCCAUCCGACAUGAAUCACCUCGCCAGGAGCAAGGGAUUCACCCGGUCCCAGCAUGACAUGCUUCAGCAGCAGCUUCGAAUACACACCCAGAUGCUCAGUCAGAGUUAUCUGCAAACCUACUCCCAUCCCACGUUGUACCCCAUGGCCAAGAAGCCCAGGGAAAUGCUGGAAGAUCUCCACAAAAAGGCCACUAAAGAUGCCAGCUUUAAUUGCUGGAAUCUUAACGAGGCUGUCCAGCUGGUUAGGCAGUGGGAGCGCGAUCUGUGCAGUGAUGAGUUCAAGGAGGAGAACGAAAAGAUGAUGGAGUUCAUCAACAAGGAAACUGAUUUGACAGAUGGCCAUACAAGGCAGGUUCCCAGGCUGGCGCCUCGCAUCAUGGAUCUCAUGUUGGAUAGCCGGGUGUUUAUGUAUCCCCAGUACUUACCACGCAUGGCAUUUCAACCCAAACUGACGCAGGUCACCGCCUAUGCACCCUCUGAAUAUCAGCUUAUUGCUAUUGGUCUUGAGAAGCACAUGACGAUGAUUGGAAAGGCCAAAAGACCACUACGCAAAGGGGCAGAUCCCAUAAGGGUUGCCUGUAAACGAAUGGCCAAGGAUACGAUAUAUGGCAAGACAGCCCGUCGGAUUUUCAUGAAGAUCACUGAGCUGCGCAACUCAAAGCAGUACAACCCAGUAAAAUACUUCCUGGAACGCGAUCGAGCCCCGCCCGCCAACCACAUCCUUUGGGGCUUCGAGGGUGGAGUAGUGAGAACGCCACGAGAACGUCACCAGGAGCUGCCCAGUGGCUGGCAAUACUACAUUGAGAAAUCCUGGGACCAAAAGCGCACCCGCCGAUACUUCAAGCCCACGAAAGCGUCCUCGGUUGCCAGUGCCUCGUACUUGGAGUUUGUGCGCGAGGCUGUCGGCGAGGAUCUGCUGCUGCCAGACAGUUUUGGUCGGGCGGCAAUCCCUGAUGGCAGUGCUGCUGGCUCGGAACCGCCCAAGGAUUGCAAACCAAAGAGGAAGCCAGCCCAGAGAAAGCCCCGUCCGGCGGAGCAGCCCUCGCAGCUCACCAUCAAUGUGAAUUAUGUCUUUGGCGGCGAUGCCAGCGCCGGAAACCUUCUUGGAGUCUCUGGGGUCUCCGUGCCCCUUGUGCCCGGCGGAAGUCUGGCGGAGAAUGUGCUGAACAUCAACCGUAGCCUGUACACCAGCGCCGACUGCAGUGGUCUCCUGGCCUUGCCUCCAGCUCCGCCGCCUCUGGCCGACGACGCUCCGCAAGCCAUCAACUACAGAGUAGACGAGCUCACACACAGUCUGCAAAUCUGCGAGGUGGAGGAAUCCACCAGUGUGGCAGUACAGCAGGAUCUGUUGCCCAAGCAGCAGGAUAGCAGCACCACCUCCUCUGCAGGUAAAACUGCCAAGAGGGCGCGUUACCAAAUCUUUAAGCCAAAGGUUCAAUCCGCCUAUAAAUCGCGAAAGGGAUCAUCGUCAGCCCGCAGUCGCUACCAUAAAUUGCGCGAACGUUUGCGCCAUAAACUGAGCAAGCGCUGCCAUUCGCUAAUCACCACCUACGAGUCCUACCUGCGUCAGCGCAGGGAGAAAUUUAAAGACUGCGAGUUGCUGCAGCACGUGCACACUCGUUUUCUGGCUCUCGAGCUGUACACCCAACUGCUGGUCGACCUAAAGAUGUUCUGCAGCAACACCAGCGCCAAAGCGACAACGGCCACGCAGCCAAAGAGAUCCAGGGGCGAUGACGAGGCGGCAAAGCUCAGGAGGGCCAAUCGGCAGGAGGAGAUGCUGCGCCACAUGCUUCAGCCGGACUCUCCAGAAGAACGCAAUCGCAAGGAUGCUAUUUUUGCAUUAAAUUUCUACGACAAAGUUGAGGAAGCCCUGCUAAACGCCGAUCGCAUAGACGAUUGCAGGAAAUUCAAUAAUCUCCUGCAGAACUUCGAUCCCAGGCGGGAAAAAGUUUCUGCUCUGUAUUUGAAAGUGGAAGAAAUUCUGCUGCCCCAUCACCCCGAGCUGGCUGAGGUGUUUCUUAACUUUCUGCUACCUGCCGAGGCCGCUGAGAUAGGCAAAUUCUUCGAGCACUUUAUGAUAAGCAACGCUACCAAUUUCAUCAACAAACUCAACAUUUAUUUCUGCAAGCAGCCCGCUCAGAUUAGAAAGAUUUAUGCCUGCCUCAGCGAGUUGGCGGAAUUGCCCAAUGUGAGCAUGAAGAAGGUUGAGAAUAAGAUAAUGCCCUUGCUCAAGGGCAAUCAGUUUCUGGUCGAUUGGUUUGUGCAGCAGUUUCCGCAGGGAAAGCCACCGAAAAGAAUCCUGUCUCCUGUGGAGACCAUAAAUCUGCAUGAUGUGCAGAACAACACUACGGGGGAAUAUACGGAAACGAUUCAAGAAUUUGUGGAUGUACCCACGCCAAGUAAACCUGGUUGUCAUCUAAAAUAUAUUAAUGGUCGGAUAUUUUAUGGGACCAAGAUCCUGUUGCCUGCCAAGCUUUCUUUUAUGGCUGCCAGCAUUUACAAUGAACAAUCUCAUGACGUGCCAACGGUCUCCGGUGAACCCGUGACCUGCGCCCAUGGUAUUCGUGCCCAGGGCGAGAAGCUUCUCAGUCUGGCGGCCAAUGCAGAUAGCGACGAUGCUGCGGAUCGGAGUGAGGAGGAUGAUGCCAGCCGUGCUCUGAUUAUUGACACAACAGGUGAUGAGCAGAACAGCUGCUCAUCCGUCGAGAUGUGCGAUGAGGCGGGCUUAAGAGCGCAUGCUAUCCGAUUAAAUGCCAGCUUGUACACAAACUCCAGCUUCAGUAACGCAGCAACCAGCACGCCGAAUAUGACAAACUCUCAUGGGCACCAUCACCCAAACGCUAAGAAAACUGCCAUAAACUUUGGUGAAAUAUCCCCCCGCAAGCAAUCGGCAUUUAACAACUCGGGAUUGAGUCCGUUAUUGGGUACGGCCAACAAUUCUCCCCAAGUCGACAAACGAAAGUCACCCACCAAGAAGGUCCGAUCGCCUCUCAAUCAAUCCCAGGCCAGACAACGUGCCAACAAUCAGCCAAUGGUGGUGAUCCAUGAUUCACAGCCUUCAUCCUCGCCCGCCAUAGAGUGCGCCAAACGUUUGCGCACGCUGAUUGAUCAAGAAAGUGUCCGGGAUGCGGCUGAUACAAAGGCGGGCAUACGGAUUAUUGCACAAGCGAAGGAGCAGCCAGCAAUCCGCCGUAGUCCUGCAACUGUUACGAAGAUUGAGCCUGAGCUUGAGAACCAGGAGGAUGGGUCCGAAGUGCCAGUCUUUACGCCGUUCAAAAUGGAUAUGGAUCAGUCGGAGGAGGAGCUAGAGCCACUACUAGUGAGUGCAGGCAACACGCCGCAGCAUGUGAUCACCACGCAGUUCGAUAGCGACGAGGACUGCAAGCUGGAUGUGGUGGCCACGCUAGCCAGCUGCACUCCUGCCGAAGAUCCAGCAACUGCAGCAUCUACAUCAACUGCCAGCACAACACAAACUGAGUCUGGUAGCUCCCACUCGGCUGCCUGGACUCGUGAAGAGGACAAAGUAAUACUUAUCGAAAUGAAAAUGGGGGCACGCGAUCGAGAGCAGCUCAUUCGACGUAUGUGCGCCAAGCUGAAGCACCGCAGCAUAGGCGAAUUACGUGGACGCCAUCAGUUUCUCAUGGAUUUUCUUUCCAAGUUGCAGGGAAAAUAGGAUUGUCUGAAUUAUUAUGUGUAUUAUAGCUCGAGCUGAAAUAGGUUACUUAUAAUAACUAAGCUGUAUAUAAACGAAGACAUCACAUAGGUUUACGCAUGAUUCAAGAAUGAAAUUAUGAAACGCAGUUAUUGAAGGAUUGUAUGUACUGAAAUAAUUAUUUAAAAAUUCUCCCUAAAAAUAGUAUACAAUUGAGUAUUUUGAAAUUUACUUUAAGUUCAAUUUUACUGAUUUAAGGAAAAGGCCAAAGCGUAUACGUUACUUAAAUUAAAGCCUUGUUUGCAUUGAAUUGCUCUUUAAAA